AAUGGAGGACAGGAAGCAGUCACCCAGCAGGAAGUGACAUAGGCCGGAUGGUCGCCCCUCCCCCGGCUGGGAAGAAGCUGGCUCUGUCCCUGCACACUGCUCACCAUGAGCUUUGUCAGUAAGAGGAAGGCGCGCGCUGUCAUCGCCAUAGCCAUGGUGCACCACUGCCUGCAGAAGAGGAAGAAGAAGAAGAAGAAGAGGUCGUACUGGAGCAAGGACUGGCUGCAGAGCCGCGACACGGCGUCCCACAGCGCCCUCUUACCGGAGCUCAGGGAGAACAAUCCCGAUGACUUCAGGAACUACCUCAGGAUGUCGGACGCCGGCUUCAUCUCCCUGCUGCGGGCGGUGACCCCGCUCAUCCAGAAGCAGGACACCUGCAUGAGAAAGUCCAUCUCAGCGGAGCAGAGGCUGGUGGCCACGCUGCGCUUCCUGGCCACAGGCAGGUCCUUCGAGGACCUGAAGUUCUCUACAGCUAUUUCCCCACAGGCCCUGGGGGUCCUAAUACCAGAGACGUGCAAUGCCAUUGUGCAGGUGCUGAAAGGAGAGUACCUGAAGUUUCCUACAACUCCUGAAGAGUGGAAAGUGGUUGCCAAAGAGUUUGAUGACUUCUGGAACUUCCCAAACUGUGGAGGGGCAAUCGGCGGGAGGCAUGUGCGCAUCAACCCCCCUCCUCAUAGCGGCUCAUUCUACUACAACCACAAAGGGUUCUUCAGUAUUGUGCUCGUGGCCAUAGUCAACGCUGAAUAUGAGUUUCUCAUGAUUGAUGUUGGAAAAAACGGGAGGAUGUCGGAUGGUGGGGUUAUCGAGCAGACACAUUUCUAUCACAAGCUGAAGGAAAAAAUGUUGUAUCUUCCACCGACUAGCGAUACAAAAGAUGGACUUAACUUUGUGUUCGUGGCAGAUGAGUCCUUCUGCUUACAUGAACACUUACUGACGCCUUUCCCAGAGAAAGCUCUGACGGAAGAGAAGAAGAUCUUCAACUAUCGACUGUCGAGAGCAAGUCGCGUGGUGGAAAAUGCCUUUGGCCUCCUCUCGAGCCGGUUCAGGAUCUUCCACACCACCAUAAACUUAUCCCCAUAUAAGAUUGAACUGGUAGCUAUGGCGUGCUGCUUGCUCCAUAAUUUCCUGCGGCGGAGUAACAGUGCCGAGUAUUGUCCGGGAAGCAUGUUGGAGCGAGAGAACAUGGACGAUGGGUCAGUCAUCCCUGGCGAAUGGAGCUGUGGACCUCCGGGGCUGGUGCCGCUACAGCUGGUUCAACCACAAAAACUUCCUUGUGACGCAAAAAUCAGCAGGGACAAGUAUAUGGAGUUUUUCAGUGGCUCUGGUGCCGUGGCCUGGCAAGAUGCCAUGGUGUGAAGCAUCGGUAUACCAUAUCCGUGUUCCGCCUCAUGGCCUAGUAGCCUGGAUUCACAUUCGGGAAACACGUUGCUCUAUGUCUGAGCUUAUUUCAGCAUCAUAACAGUGAGCUCAGUACCGGUACAGAGUCUGUAGAAAUGUAUCUGUGACCAUUGUCAUGGUGGUGACCAUUCCUGCUACACCUGCCGGCACGCCUGUAUCGUACGCUGGGUGUUAUUUCCGUUACAGAGCUGUGUGAGAGAUGGACAUUCUCAAUAAAUUGUCUUUAUGUCA